AUGUUAUGGGGUAUGCUACUCGGUUAUGAGGGUAGUUUGGGUUGUGCACGAGGUGGCUAUGGGUGUAUGAUCGGUUAUGGGUAUGGGACUAGUUAUAAAGACGGGGACCUAACACUAUGCGGUGUUGUACGUUGCUUGAAUAUGGGUGAGCAUAAGAGGAUACUACCUAUAGGGUACUCGAGGAAUGCUAGGCAAGGAUUGUUAUGUGUUGGCCUAUGGUGUGCAAGGCUACAAGAGUUGUCAAAUGUUAGCUUAUGGGCAUUAGCCCAGUUCGUCGUGUUACUCGACAUAAGGCGAGGGUAUGUGAAGGGGUUGUGGGUGAGAAAUGUUGACAAUGGUAAGGGUUGUGAGGGGUGUGGUUUAGAGGUUCAACGUGGCGAUAUGGGGCUGCUAGAGACUAAUGGGGGAAGUUAG